AAUCCUCGGUGCGUGUGCGCACACAAAAAGGAAGUCAGCCGAUCUGUGACUGAACGCUUGCAAGGACGAUUCCAAACAAACAGAAAUCGACUGCCAACGAGUGGCUGUGUGGUAGGGCUCGUUUUGAUAUCAGACGUCGUGUACGCGGAUAUAUUGACACUAGGUCGGAAUUCCUUUUGUUUUUUUAUUCUGUGUUUGGUAUCACCGUGCGUACCACGGGUGCAAUGAAAAACGGCAAUUAUACACAUCCACUAUGCACAUCCUUCAGCCUUUCUUCUCAAUGACGGGGCAGCAUCUGUUCGUCGAUCCAAUCAGCUCUCCAAUUUAUUUAUUUUCUUUUUAAAAAUUAGCAGACUAGCUGCAUUUAUUUAUUUUAUUUUAUCGCGCUAGCAUCGAGCGGGAGGAGGAAAUGUCUUAAUUAGCGCGAGCCUGCCUGAAGAGAUGAGUGACUACCGCGAAGAUGGGAUGGACUGUGGCAGCGACUCCUCGAGCCGCUCCUGCUCCGAGACCAGCUCCAGCAUGGCGACGCCGUCCUCUCCCAGAAUGCACCUGGCGGCCCUGGAAGACUGCGAGGACGACGAGGACUACCAGGACUACAAGAGGAAGCUGAUGGAGGACUGGGGGGGCAGGUACGGGCUCCACGACGACCGCCGCGGCGACGGGGGCGGGGGCGGGGCCGGGGAGCCGGUGAACAGCCGCAGCCUGGCGGAGGAGUUCCGGGAUGUUCCCUGCCCCCCUUCCUCGGUCGGCGUGCCACCGGCCACCGCCGCCGCCGCCGUGCCGGACGAGCUGAAGCAGAACGGGAACAUCAUCGUCCUGGCGGCCCAUCACCCCUUCUCCCCCAGAGCCGGCCAGCGCGGGGCGGGGGCGGGGGCGGGGGCGAGUCCGGGCUGUGCCCCCCUCCCCCACGCGCCCCCCAUUGACUGGGCCGCCUUGGAGAAGCACCUGACCGAGCUGCCGUCGCGGGCCUGGGACGGACGCGGCCAGAACCAGAACCCGAGGAGAACCAGCUCCACCUCGGCCCAGAAGAACGAGAGGGAGUGCAUCCGGCAGAAACUGGCCCUGGGGACUUUCUUUGACGAAGGACCAGCCCUGUACACUAACUACAGCCCAAACAACAAGCCCAUGCUGUCCACACGGCUCCAGAAUGGGACGAACCUACAGAUCUGUUUCGUGAACGACAGCGGCAGCGAUAAGGACAGCGACGCCGAGGACAGCAGAACAGAGACCAGCCUGGACACGCCCCUGUCCCCCAUGAGCAAGCAGAGCUCCUCCUGCUCGGACCGCGACGUCACCGAGGACGACUCGGAGUCCCUGGACGACUCGGACUUCCUGAGCCGGCAGAAGAAGCUGCAGGCGGAGGCCAAGAUGGCGCUGGCGAUGGCCAAGCCCAUGGCCCGCAUGCAGGUGGAGGUGGAGCGGCAGGUCCGCAAGAAGUCCCCCGUGGCUGACCUGUUGCCCCACCUGCCCCACAUCAGUGAGUGUCUGAUGAAGAGGAGUCUGAGGCCCAUCGACCUGCGGGACAUGAGCCUGGGUCAGCUGCAGGUCAUUGUCAAUGACCUGCACUCGCAGAUAGAGAGUCUGAACGAGGAGCUGGUGGAGAUGCUGGUGGUCAGAGAUGAACUGCAGGUGGAGCAGGACGCAAUGCUGGUGGAUAUCGAGGACCUGACCAGACACGCAGAAAGCCAACAGAGACACGUGACAGAGAAGAUGGUCUCCAAAUAAACACGUCCCCAUCUGCUGCCCCCCCCCCCCCCGCCCCCCCGUCCUUUCCCCACAUGCACUGCCGUGCCCUGGUGGUUAGUUCAGAAGAGUGGUCAUUUUCCGUGGUCAUUUUCUCUAGUAUUUACACCAUCACCGAAGGAGGCACACUUUCAGGAAGAGGAGAACUAAAGGAAAGAUCUUCGCAGACUGCGCUCGAUAUGUCACAUGAGUUCUGUUCGUUACCGGCGCAUGACAAAUGAACAACAGGGCGAUGCCACAGAUUCCUUAUAGGGACCAGAUGGUCAGGUCCUCCUUUCUUUCCAAAAUCUCUACCAUAUCCACGGAUGUGUCCCAGGGCAACAACAACAAAAAAACAAAACCCUUUGCCGCUGGCAUUGAACAUGCCUAAUAAUGAAUUUUCAUAAGAUGCAUGAUUUUUUUACUUCAAUGGUCGAGAGACUAAACAAUUAACUUUAUGUAGAGAUGGCCAUCUGGUUUGUAUAUAGAAUCUAUGGCAAUACCCCUUUUCCUGCUACUGCACCUUACACACAGUUUGUUGUCAUUGUACUAUCCUGUUUCAUCUUGUCUGAUUUGACGUGAACGAUGGAUGUAAUUAUUGGCACUGGACUGUAUGAAAAGUGAACGAUCUGACUUUUUUUAUUCGUUUCUGUUUUAUGUUUUUUUUUAAAAUACAUUCCACACUAAAAUAGGUCAGUUAAAUGUAACUAUUAGGUUACAACCUAAAGACGAUAGUCUGUCCAGUCAAGAGAAAGAUAAGUACAAAUUCAGAACUAAACAAAAACUAACCCGCGCAGUAUUUUUUACAACCUGUCUCUUAAUUUUGCACAAACAGUAGUUUUCCUAAAAACAAAAAAAAGAGACGUUUUAUUUGAAGGCGCUGGAUGUGUGGGAGGAGCUACGCCCGCCUUGCGGGAAGGUUUGUGACGUUUGGGGUCCUGCGUUCAGCGUAGUCGAUCGCUGGCCCCAUGUGAAGGUUGGUUUUUCUGGCUCAGGUUUCAUUUUAUGUGAAUGUGUGCGUUUUAACGUCUUCACGUUUGUCUUCAAAAUCGUACGGAGAAAACAAACAAAACAAAGUUUUAUGUACAGAAAUAAUGUAAAGUUAUUAAUAAAACAGUAUUAUUUCAUAA